AUUUUUGAGGUCAUUACAUUACAACACGAUUUCGCCCGAUGCGCAACCGAACAAGACACGAACGUCAUCCGAAACGGAAAGAAGGGCGAUGUUGCAUUAGCGAAGAAAGACAGCUGUCGUAUCAUUUUCAGCUGAUUUUUGUGUACGCAUCGCGGACGCUGCAAACUCAAACAGCUAUCGAAACCUUUCGCAACGGUACACGUUCCUCGGUUGUAGUCGCGUACAAAGUAUUUCUGUCGUGAGAGUAGUGCGACGCAGCAGGCUAGGACCGAGAGUUUCGCAGCGACGAACAAAGGGAGAUGGUCUAUUGAGCGCGGGUGGUGCGUAUCGGGCGGCCGUGACGUCACUCGGCCAAGGCGUCGAGGCCGAUGCGGCGGGCGCGCUCGUGAUCUCGGCGCUCCGACGAGCGCGGCGAGUGGGUGCAGCGGAGCGGGCCAGCCUGGCCUCCACUGACUCGGGCGACGAGGGCGCUGGGCACCGGCCGCCGCGCAAGCGGACCCGCAGGCUGUCGCCGCCCGCCCGGCCCGCAGACAUGCACCAGCCCUGCACCAACGGCGCUCCGCCGCCGCCGCCGCACCAUGUCAACGGUGACAGUGCGACACGUAAUGGCGACCUGCAGCCGCCUGGCCUGCGGAUGAGUCAGACGGACCAGGAGAUCGUGCGCCUGAUAGGCCAGCACCUCCUAUCUAUUGGGCUUGAGCGCAGCGCGGCGCUGCUGAUGGAGGAGUCGGGGCUGCACCUGGAGCACCCGGCGGCCGCCACGUUCCGGCAGCACGUGCUGGCCGGCGACUGGGUCAAGGCCGACCACGACCUGCGCGCGCUGCACGACCUGCUGCGGGACUCGCCGCACGUCGACCCGCACAGUCUCGCGGAGAUGAAGUUCGUGGUGCUGGAGCAGAAGUACCUGGAGCACCUGGAGGCGGGGCGCGUGCUGGACGCGCUGCACGUGCUGCGCAACGAGCUGACGCCGCUGCAGUACGACACGCCGCGCGUGCACCGCCUGUCCGCGCUCAUGAUGUGCGCCGACGCGCACGAGCUGCAGCAGCGCGCGCACUGGCCUGGCUCCGGCCCGCACUCGCGCGCCAACGUGCUCGCGCGCGUACAGUCGGUGCUGCCGCCGACGCUGAUGAUGGCGCCGGGGCGGCUGCGCGCGCUGCUGUCGCAGGCCACGCUGCACCAGGCGUCGCGCUGCCGGUUCCACGCGGCGCCGCGCCCCUCCGCUAAUCCGGAAAACAUCCCCUUCUCACUGCUGGCAGACCAUCACUGCUCCGCGGACCACUUCCCGAUACACUCGCUGCAGGUGCUGAACGAGCACUGCGACGAGGUGUGGUACUGUAAGUGGUCGCCAGAUGGCUCUCGCCUCGCGUCGGGUUCCAAGGACAACACUGUCAUGAUCUGGGACUUCGACCCCGUGGCCAAGCGCCUCACCUUCAGGAAGUCCCUGGAGGGCCACACGUACGGCGUGUCCUUCCUGGCGUGGAGCCCGGACGGUCGCUACCUCAUCGCGGCCGGACCUGAGGACUGCCCCGACCUCUGGAUAUGGAACAUGGAGACGGAGCAGUUGCACCUGAAGAUGACUCACUCUCAGGAGGACUCCCUCACGGCGGUGGCCUGGCACUCCACCUCCGAUAAGUUCGUGUGUGGAGGGGCGCGGGGACAGUUCUACCACUGCAGCCUCGAUGGCACCCUGCUGAACAGUUGGGACGGCGUGCGGGUGAACGCGCUGGCGUGCCGCGGGGACGCGCGCGGAGUGCUCGCCGCAGACACGCACCACCGCGUCAGGGCCUACGACUUCACCGACCUCGCCGACAGGAACCUUAUCCAGGAGGAGCACGCAGUGAUGGCGAUGACCGUGAACCAGGCCGACACGCUGCUACUGCUCAACGUGGCCAACCAGGGCGUGCAUCUAUGGGACAUACGUGCGCGUGCGCUGGUCCGUCGGUUCCGCGGCCUGAGCCAGGGUCAUUUCACCAUCCACGCCUGCUUCGGCGGAGCGCACCAGGACUUCAUCGCCUCCGGGAGCGAGGAUAAUAAAGUAUAUAUCUGGCACAUAGCGGGCGAGGAGCCGAUAGCGGUGGUGUCUGGGCACACGCGCUGCGUGAACUGCGUGUCCUGGAACCCGGUGCACCACGACGUGCUGGUGUCGGCGUCCGACGACUACUCGCUGCGGCUGUGGGGGCCGCGCACGCACCACUCCUAGUAUUUGGGGACGCGGUGUCCGCCGGGGGUCAUCUGCCAGCGGAAGUGCAACUCUCUGCACUGCAAGCUGGACCUGGACCUGCCGCCCGGACCCGCGCCCGGACCCACGUCCGGCCCCGCGCCCCCGCCCGGUGUCGCGCCCCCAGCCGCGCCCCCGUCGGGGGCCGAGUCCGAGCCCCAGCCCCAGCCCGCGGCCGAGCCGGCGCCCGAGCCCCGCCGCACCCCUCGGGCUGCGCCCUGAACGGUGCGCCGCCAUCUACUACGCCCUGCGGAUGCUGCCGGGCUUCUAGCUUACACGAGUGUUGGAUAUAUGCCACGGGAUAACGACAAGUGCACGUCACGUCGCCGACAGACGAUAUUCGAUCUAAAUAGUGUGACAUGUGUAAUCUGUGUGCGCUGGAACUAAUUUACUGUAUUAUUCAUACUUUAAGCCAUGUAUUGAGACCGGGACUAUCCGACGUCCGGCUCCAUGUACCGAUUGCUCGUAGUAUGUAGUGAGUGGCUCGCGAUGUAAGAGCCGGCGCCGCUCGGAUAGUGCCGCGCGUGUAUACUGUACGCGAUACUGUACGCGCCGUACUGGCCACUACUGGAACUGUAACUUAUACGUUCUACUAUAUAUGUGAGUGAAUAUAGCGCGUGUAGCCGCGGUGUGGCCGGCGGGGGAGGGGGGAGGGGGGGGAGUAAUGUUCGUGACCGCGGAUUAUAAACUAGCUUUAGGAUUCGAAGUAAUUUCAUACAAAAUUAUAUGUUUUAGCCAUAUUGAGUUUUAUUGAUUGAUGUUAUUGUUUUAAGGUGAAAAUUAUGAAGAUGUAUUUGAAAAAGUGUAAUUUUAUUAUUAUGAUUCUAAUUUGAUAAAACGUGUUGUUAUAGUCCAGUCAUUUAGUAAUUUUACGUUAAAAGUUUUCUCCGAAAUCUCCGUUUAGUUUUAUACCAAUAUGUUUUAACCCAUAGAAUAUGUGGAAAAUUAAAAUUCGGAAAGAGCAUAUCAAAUAAAGUUAAAUCAUCGCAUGUUUCUUGGUGAUUCGCCUUUUUCAUACCAAGUGACAAAACUAUUUGGGCAACUACUACUAUAUUUUGUUAAAAAAUGUUGGUCCCAAAAUUCCAUUUUAUUAUUUCGGAGUGAUAACAAAAUACAUUAGCGUAGAAUUCUAAAUGUAUGUACCACUAUAUUAAGGAUCGAUUAUUAAGGUAUAGGAAGUAGGGACCCUCCCCGCUCGACCACACCUCUACGAUAAUAAUUUAUUUAGGGUCUCUUUGGAUAAAUUAAGACUUAGUCCUGCCCCGCCGGGUGCGUGGCGCGGGCGUGUAUCGAUAGCCUCAGAGUAUAUUUUGUAGCGAGACCGCUCACGGCUCUAUUUUUAUACCGACCACUGAAUCUCUCGCGAGGUUGUAUACUUUACUAAGCCGUUAUACUUGACAUGUUCGUUGUAGUGUACUAGUACCGCCACGCCUCAACUUGCAGUGUCAGCUCGAACUGAGCCACACGCAGCCAUAUACUGUAUAAUACCAAUAUCUACUACUUUAUAUUGGCUAAGAAAGUGGCAACUGUAUAGGCUGGUCUCGGAGUGCUCGACAGCUGUAACAGUAACCCAACUGCCUGAAGGACUGCCCGCAUUAUCAGACAGCCUUGUUGGAGCACUGGUACAGCAGUAUUGUGUGGACAUAAUGUCUCUAUAAAUAUUUGUAAAUGUGGGAAUCCUUGUUAGUUUGUACUCGAUUUCUUAUUGCGAUGGAAAAUGUAUGCAGCAACGCAGUACUUGUCCGACACGGUGUGACUAGACUGGGUGCCGAGUAUAACGCGCUGGGAGCACCGGACUGCCGCGCAGACGCGAAGCGACGUUGACAAAUUAUGAUCAGCCUUUGUAACAUAUUUGUUUUUGAUUGAUUUUACUAUAUUUUUAGAGGUACUAAUUGUAGCUUUUGUAGUUCGCACAAUGCCUUACCCUGUAUGUAGCCGCACGCGACGCUGAGGUACAUGCCGCGUGGAAGUGGACUGUAUGAGCUUUUACCAUCGUUCGGAAGUCAAGGUAUUUUACGUAGAGGAGUAGCGAGGGACGCGGCGGCCGAGUGUUGCGUCGUCUGCGCGGCGCUCUCUGAACCAAAUAUCUGGCAAUAAUGUGCGAGUGUGUGUGUACAAGUACAAAGGUUGGAGUGUUCGGUUAUUAACGAUAUGAUAUGUAUAGACUUGUAUGGGCGCGCGGACGCGGCCCGGGGCCCAGGCCUCUCAUUUGAAUUGUUAAAAAUAAAUAAUUAUUAUAUCAAUAAAUUUUUUAUUGUAAACUAA